UCUUCUAUAAACGCCACGUCGUUUUCAUCAGUUUUAGCUCAUUGACCGGUUAGCUGUGUUGCUGAGUGGAUCGUUCAAUAGUUGUUGCCCCUGUUGCGCCGCUACUUUUAUACCUAACGGAAAAAUCAUGUCCCUAGACGAGCGUUUCAACAAAGCAGCCGAAGAUGUUAAGGCCUUGAAAUCCAAACCGACAGACAAUGAUCUUUUGGAACUUUACGCUCUCUUCAAGCAAGGAACAGUCGGCGAUGUAAACACUUCCCGUCCCGGUAUGUUGGACCUGAAAGGAAAAGCCAAAUGGGACGCGUGGAACGGAAAGAAAGGUGUGUCCCAAACGGAGGCGAAAGAACAAUACAUUGUCAAAGUGCAGUCGCUGAUCGAUUCGCUGGGUCUCGCAUAAACCAUUUUGCUCAAUUUGUGAUGGGUAAUGUAAGUGAUGUCUACACGUAAACAUACACAUUCAGAUUUACUGUUUACAGUAACAGUUUUUGAUUACAUUUUUUGUUUUUGUUUGUUAAAUACACUAACAAUUUAAAAAACCGGUUGUCCCAACAAUGGGGAUGUUUGGA